AUGGCCGCUGCAUCAUCUGCUACCGUCACUCUAAUCACUCGCCCAAACCUGGUAAGUAUUGGGCGCAGCUUUCUUGAGGCCAUUGUAGCCCGGCCAAACAACAUUGUGAUUGCGUGUGUCCGAGACCCCUCCUCCAAUAUAUCACAGCGCCUUCUUUCUCUCCCCAAGGGCAAGGGCUCCCAAGUAAAACUAGUCAAACUUGAUUCUGCGGUCGAUAAUGACCCCGCCAGUGCCAUUGAGUUACUCAGGUCGGACGGUGUAGAAUAUAUUGACCGUGUCAUUGCCAAUGCUGGCAUUGGCGAUGUCAACAAGCCGCCCCUGGACAUCGACUUCAACGACAUCAAGAGGCACAUGCAAGUCAACUUCUACGGUGUAUUUGCCCUCGUCAAGGCCGCAGUGCCGCUCCUACAGCAGGCCAAGGACCCAAAGGGCCCCAAGAUGAUUUUUGUCGGAUCAGGCGUUGCCAGCUUUGCAAAGAGCCGAGAGUUCGCCGGCCCCUGGUUCUGCUAUGGUGUCACCAAGACUGCUGUCGAUUAUACCGCAUCCCAGCUCCAUCUUGAGAAUAAGUGGCUGACCAGCGUCGCCCUCUCGCCUGGCUGGGUCCGUACAAGCUGUUCAACGCGACCGCUGUCGCCAUUCCGGCAUCCAGUGGACCCGCAGUGCUUUUUGAUGGUUUCUCCAUUGAAGGUGUGA